AUGGGUCGUCGGCCAAGUGAUGGUGGUGUGUUGGAUGCUGGAUCGAACCCACCGGAGUCGAACCCAAUCCAGAACCAAGAUAUGGCUGGAUUCAUGCCAGAUGACUCCGGUCUACUGGGCCUAAUUGCUGAUGGUGGGCAAGAUUUGGAUACCAGCUUGAUUGCAGACGGUGACGCCGGAGAAUAUUUGCCGAAGCAGGAUACGGUCGCAGAUAAUGAGAUAGUAGCUAAUAUAGGAGGAAUUAUUGUGGACGGGAAUUCCUGGGGCGAGAAAUUCGACAUCCAGUCCUUGAACGUACUAGUGAGCUUUCGUGUGGACUUUAUGACGAUGUUGACUGUUCGUUCGCUGCGCGCCUGGCUCUCUUUGGUGAACGCCGUAAUUAUAGAGGCUCAGGGCAGCGAGGCAAGACUCCGGUUUCGAUAUGCCAUGCUGCCCCCCCUCGCAGUUGUUAUAAGUGCGCUACCGCGCACUUUCCCAGAAUUUAUUGGGAAAAUGUUCGACUAUAUAGACCAAUGGCAGAAGAGACUGACUUUUGACCGUCAAAGCAUCGACCUUCUGCAUAACUGCUGCCGAGGAGAGAUGUCCCAAAUUCCAGAAUGUUUGCAGCACGCGUGUGCGCAAAUGUCCGGCAGCUUUAUUCAGCUCCGACAGGAGGCUACAGCCACCGAUGCAGUGCUACCUAACUAUCUAACCGAUCUUAUUAGAGAAUGGGACAACAAUGAACCCCCAUCUAAGGUUCAGAAUGGGCCCGCAGCCCAGUGGUAUACGACAAAUGUUGGAGAAGAUUGCGUUAGCACCAUCAUACAACUUAGAGAAGACAUAGAAACCAAAUUCGCUUCGGUCCUCCAACGAUAUCAACACAGCACUACUGAAGAGAUAGAAAGAACAAAACCACAGACAUUGGUCAUUCUUAAGCGCGAAUUAGAUCGGCGAAUUUUGCUGGUGAUGCAACAAACCAAACUGUGCACUCUGCUGGACAGCAAGCACGCGCAACUGAUAGUUCAACUCGACUCUUUUCUUACUCUACUCGCUAAACUCCAAUAA